AUGACAGCCGGCCUUGCUGCCGCCGUCCUCGCCAACACGGUUACCGCCUUCGCAAGCAACUCCGCUCUCACGCUCAACGCCGCAUACAACGGAAGCAACAAGAGGGCUUUGGUCGUCAACAACUGCCCAUACGAUGUUUACCUCUGGUCUGUUGUUAACGAGCAGGGCUGUGGUGAGCCUUUCAUCCUCAAGACUGGUGGAAGCUACCGCGAGAACUACCGCGAGGAUGAGCACAACAAGGGUGUUGGUGUUUCCAUCAAGCUCGCGAAGGAGAACCAGUGCAAGGGUGUUGCCAUCACUCAAUUGGAAUACUUCUUGGACCAGUCCACCGACACCAACUUCUUGGACGUCUCCUACGUCGACUGCUCCAAGGAGCUCUACGGUGGUGACUGCCCUGGACGCAAGGAUGGAUACUACCUGAAGGCUGGCAAUGCCGACGUCGCCACUGUUGCCGACGCCAACAACCCUCACUGCCCAACCUUCAGCUGCGACAGCAUGGAGAGCUGCGACAAGACCUCCUACGUCAACCCAGACGAUGUCCAGACCAAGUCCUGCCCCAUCGACAAUCCCCUCGACUUCUACCUCUGCGGCAAGAACGGCAACACUGAGACCGAUCCCGAGCCCUCCAGCUCCUCCGAGAAGCAGGAGACUCCUACCCCUAGCUCCACUCCCGUCAAGCAGGAGGCCAACGUUGUCGCCGUUGCCCAGGUCACCUCUGCGCCUGUUGAGCAGCCCAAGGUCCACAACGUCUGGACUGAGGUUGUCUACGUCACCGAGUACCAGACCGUCAAUGUCAAUGCCAAGCGACACAACCACGGUCACGUCCACCGCCGAUUCCACGCAUAG